GCAGGGGGUGCUGUCUCACCGUUGUGUCCAAUUAAAACCAAGAGGAAGAACAAGCGGAAGAAACCACACGACACCUAGCUAAGCAUAACAAGAAAUGGACACGCGGUUCACUCGAGGGAAAUCCACCAUCCUAGAGCGGCCCCUGACCCGGCCUAAGACUGAAGUCAGCUUGAGCGCUUUUGCCCUGCUGUUUUCUGAGAUGGUCCAGUACUGUCAGAGCCGUGUGUACUCUGUGUCUGAGCUGCAGACACGUUUGGCGGAUAUGGGUCAGAGUGUUGGAGCCAGUCUACUGGAUGUGCUGGUGCUGAGGGAGAAGAAUGGGAAGAGGGAGACCAAGGUCUUGAACAUGCUUCUUUUCAUCAAGGUGAACGUGUGGAAGUCCUUGUUUGGGAAGGAGGCUGACAAGUUGGAGCAGGCCAACGAUGACGACAAGACUUACUACAUUAUUGAAAAGGAGCCACUCAUCAAUGCAUACAUCUCUGUACCCAAGGAGAACAGCAGCUUAAACUGUGCCGCCUUCACAGCGGGUGUCGUAGAGGCCAUCCUCACGCACAGUGGCUUCCCUGCCAAGGUCACCGCUCACUGGCACAAAGGCACCACACUGAUGAUAAAGUUUAAUGAGUCAGUCAUAGCCAGGGAUAAGGCUUUGGAUGGCAGAUAAAGAAGACUGAAGACACUGUGGGUCCAGUGAAGAUAUAUUCCCAAGUGUUGUUUUGUGUUUGUAUCUGAAGUGUUUGUGACUGCUGCUAUGUUCAGUGACUGAAUUUCCAUGUGGGAGCUGACAUGAAUGAAUGAAUGAAUGAAUGAAUGAAUGCACUGAGCCAUGCCCACAGCCGAAAAGACGCUGGUGGUCAGUUCAGUCCUCCACUUGUUCAUGGAUCAUCUCACGUCUGUUAUACCUCAUGGCACAUUUGUUUUCCAUUACAGAUUUACACUAUUUGUCCCUUUUAAUCCUAAUCUCUUAUUACAUUCUUACAUCACUGACCAUUCAUUAAAAGUCAGAUGUGUGUAUAUUUAACGGUUCAACAAAACCUAUUUCAUUAAAAGGUUAUGUAGGUAUACAUUUCAAUAAAACUUAAGAUUGAAACUCAGCAGAUGACAUAGGUUUUUGAUUAGCCUUUUAUGAUUAGAAAGUGCAAUUGAGAGAAAAUAAUUUUUGUUAAUAUUUAUAGUGACAUUCAAAUGACAACUGAUUUGAACAUUGGUAGUUUCUGUGAUGUUAAUAAAAUACAUUGUCAUAAUUG